AUCGCAGCGGUUGGACAAAAAUAAUUGUGCCGUUUUUAUUUCUCGGCACGGAACAAGCAGAAUGGAGAGCUGACAGCUAUCAAAGUUAUCAAGAUGGAGCCAGAGGACGAUUUUUCUAUCAUCCAGCAGGAAAUCAUCAUCGUAAAGAGCUGCAAGCACCGCAACAUCGUGGCAUAUUAUGGCAGCUACAUUCGAGCUAACAAACUGUGGAUCUGUAUGGAGUUCUGCGGCGGAGGCUCCCUCCAGGAUAUCUACCAUGUGACGGGUCCUCUGUCCGAGCCACAGAUAGCCUACAUCUGCAGGGAGAUGCUACAGGGCCUGGAGUACCUGCAUGCAGAGAGGAAAAUCCACAGAGAUAUUAAGGGUGCCAACAUCCUCCUCAACGAUCAGGGCGAGGUCAAGUUGGCUGAUUUUGGGAUCUCAGCUCAGAUCACGGCCACGCUCGCUCGCAGGAUGUCCUUCAUCGGGACGCCGUAUUGGAUGGCCCCAGAGGUCGCAGCUGUGGAGAUUAAAGGCGGGUACAAUGAACUUUGUGACAUCUGGUCUGUGGGCAUCACAGCCAUCGAGCUGGCAGAGCUGCAGCCUCCAAUGUUUGAUGUCCACCCACUGAGAGUGCUGUUUCUCAUGUCCAAGAGCGGCUACCAGCCUCCUAAACUGAAGGACAAGUCAAAAUGGUCAUCC